AGGUCGUCCCCGUCGUCUUCGUCGCUGCCUCGGCCUCCGACGUCUCCGGAGUCCAGCAGGUCUUGGUCCUCCGAGUCGGGGAAGGGAGGAGGACUGCGCUCCGAGCUGGUCGCCAUCUUCCAAAUUGGCUUCAACAAAGUUGAGAGCGCCGAGAAGAAAGGCUAUAUCGCGGGUUACUCUGCUUUCACGGCUGCUAAUGUUUCCUCCCGCGGCCCACGCCAGGACACAACACGGCAGUGGCAAGUGAGCGAGCUCGCCUCCGGACGGUGGAAGUGCUCGUAAAAGUGACAGGGAAGUCGGCGGUAGAUUAGGGGAGGAGGCAGAGGGCGCAACGCCGCUGUCACUUUUCACUUCCUGGUUAGCUUAGCUUGGUUCGCGAGUCGGCCCUGCGAUGAGGUGGCGACGUGUCCAGGGUGUACUCUGCCUUCCGCCCGAUUGUAGCUGAGAUAGGCUCCAGCGCCCCCCGCGACCCCAAAGAGAUUAAGCGGUAGAAAUGGAUGGAUGGAUGGAUUCGCGAGUCUCUUCCUGGUUAGCCUAGCUUGGUUCGCGAGUCACUUCCUGUUUAGCUUAUCUUAGCUUGGUUAGCUCGGACAAUAUUCAUGACAAAUUUGUGCUUUGCUUUAAAGAUGUGAUUUUUGGUUUUACACUGUAGGAACAACAAUUCGAAAAUGUAUUCUACCUUUGCAACCUCAUUAUUUCUAUUGGGUAAGUUUUAUAUUCAUAAAUGUAAGUUUCUCAAUAACCGACCUAUCUUUUGCGCUUUUAAAAAAGAUUUUGAACUUUACAUUAAAACGCCCUCUACCUCUAACAACAUAAAAGCUGUGAAAACGAUAAUACUGUGUUGCAAAUUUAAGUUAUUUAAUGAAUCUGAAUGAGCCUUUGUUUAACAUAUAUAUAUUUUUUGUAUUCUAUUUUUGUUAUUUUGAAUUUACAACCCCCUGGCGCUGUUUUCAUAAUGUUUUAUAUUGUUCUUUGACUUACUGUCUGUAAUUUUUUUAAUUUAUAAAUAGACAUAAAAAAAAGCUUGGUUAGCUUAGCUUGGUUCGCCAGUCACUUCCUUGUUAGCUUAGCUUGGUUCGCCAGUCACUUCCUGGUUAGCUUAGCUUCGUUCGCGAGUCACUUCCUGGUUAGCUUAGCUUAGCUUGGUUAGCGUAGCUUCUUAGCUUCGUUCAGCCAUGCUAGCGCGACAACGAGUUAUCUCGCUGGAACAGAUCACGGGUCGACGAGCUAUCUCGCUGGAACAGAUCACGGGUCGGACAAUAAGAAUGAAGCCGGGGAGAGGGGCAGUACAGCAGCUUUUAUGACCGAUUUUUAGGCGAGAUGCGAGGUGUGAAAUCUACCGGAGAUGAAGAGCCUCUUCUCGGUGGGAAAAAACGACAACACAACGAGUGGGACUCCGAUGAAGGUGGAGAAGCAGCGGCACCGACGACGAGGAACGCCCCUCUUCUGCCAGCUGCCCAAGUCCCAGCUACAGUGGCGGUGGCGCCGGAGAAACUUCAUUUGAGAGAAGCGCAUCAAACGAUGGAGCCAAGGCCGCAGAGAGAAGAUUAACAUACGAGGAGGCCGUGGAGGCAGCAGGCUUCGGUUUGUUCCACUGGCUGCUGCUGUUGGUGUGCGGCUGGGCCAACGCCAGCGAUGCCGUGGAGAUCGUCUGCGUGUCCUUCCUGCUGCCCACCGCACGCUGCGACCUCCUGCUCAGCUCCUCCGACAUGGGCCUGCUCACCGCCAGCAUUUUCCUCGGCAUGAUGGUGGGCGGCUACUUGUGGGGCUACCUGGCCGACCUGAGGGGGCGCCGCAGCAUCCUGGUGGUUUCCCUGGCUGUGAAUGGCCUGUUUGGCGCCCUGGCCAGCGUGGCGCCCUGGUUCUGGCUCUUUCUGCUGCUCAGGUUCAUCAGCGGCAUUGGGGUGGGCGGGUCCAUUCCUGUCAUCUUCUCCUACUUCUCUGAGUUCAUGCCCCGACUGCGGCGAGGCGCCAUGAUCAGCGCGCUGGCCACCUUCUGGAUGGCAGGGAACAUUCUGGCUGCAGGCCUGGCUUGGUUGGUGAUCCCCAGAACUUGGACACAUUUUUCCGUGGGUCGCCUGGACUUCCAGAGCUGGCGCGUGUUCGUGGUGCUGUGUUCCAUCCCGAGCCUCACGUCUGCGCUCAUCUUCAAGCUCCUUAUGCCUGAGAGCCCCAAGUUCCUCAUGGAGGCGGGCAGAGAGAGCGAUGCCAUCCGUGUUUUCCGCCUGAUGUUUCAGUUGAACACUCGGGGAAAAGGAGCGUCCUUCCCGGAUGUGAGUUUACAUGUCAGCGUCGUGCAAAGAUCCUACAAGACCGAGACUGAACGUGGUCGUACAGGCCGACUCAUCAGUGCUGUGAAAAAGGGUGUGAUGCCGCUCAAGCAGAUGUUUGAAGGGACGCUCAGAUCCAGAAGUGUGGUCCUGCUCGUAAUCUUCUACUGCAUCUCCUUCGGUUUCUACGGACUGUGGAUGUGGUUCCCGGAGCUGUUUGCCAGACUAGAAGGCGGAGGAUCGCCGUGCAUCAACAUGUCUGCUCCAUCAGGGCAACACAACCAAAGCUGUUACCCUGUCAAGACCGUCGUGUACGAGGAGGGUUUCUUCAUCGCAGCAUCCAACCUUCCUGGCAACAUCUUCACCAUCUUGGUGAUGGACAGUGUUGGAGGGAAGCUGCUGCUCUCCGGCAGCCUGAUGAUGUCCGGUCUCAGCGUCUUCUUCAUCUACCUGGUCCAGACCAAAUUCCAAAGUCUGGUUCUGUCCUGCUUGUUCAGCGGCGUGUCCGUCAUCGCGUGGAACGCUCUGGAUGUGUUGGGGACAGAACUUUACCCCACACAGUUACGCUCGUCAGCGCUUGGCGUCUUCACAGGAGUGGGUCGGGUGGCGGCCAUCACGGCAAACGUGGUUUUCGGCAGGCUGGUGGACAGCUCGUGUGCCGUGCCCAUUCUGAUGGUGUCUGUGCUGCUGCUGGUCGGUGGGUUGGCGGCGCUCUUCCUGCCGCAGAGCAAGCAGACGGCGCUUACCUGACCUUUACCCCUUUUGUGGACUUUCCUUGAUGUCUGUCCUUCAAGGAGUAAAACACCAACAAGUGCCGUUUGCCAACAGCAACUACCCUUUUUUAUUUUGAAUAAAAAAUAUUUUUUAUUAUAUUUACCACAUAUUUAAUCCAAUUAGAACCAACGCCUUUUUUAAUCAUCUGCUAAUCUUUACGUAGUACCAGGACUGACCUGAGGGUGGCAGCAGUGAUAGCACAAUGCUGGAAAGGUAAAACUGUAGAAGAGCUAGGCAAACUGCUUACUAUUGCAGUGAGGCUUUUUAAUUAUGUUAAGGCUUGCAGGACAGAUUAAAUUAACAGCCGUGUAUUUUUCACAAUUAAAACAAGGUAAUCAUACGUUUAUGAAGUUGGUCUCAUGUGCUUCUAAGAUGUUAAUAGACAUACUAUUUGCGUUUGUAUGCUUUACUAACGCAUUUUCAGCCAGCUCGCUUCCUGAGUGGCUCUGUGGUGUUUUUCCGAACUGAGGGCGAAGUCAUUUUUACACAGCGCGCAUCCUCAAGGGACAUUUCGUUGUAAUUGUAGUUUGACUUACUAAUCGUCCAUCCAUUUCCUACCGCUUAUUCCCUUUGGGGUCCCUGGUGCCAAUCUCAACUUCAAUCGGGCGGAAGGCGGAGUACACGCUGGACAAGUCGCCACCUCAUCGCAGUACUUACUCAUCGUGAUUCUCAUUAUAAAUAUUUGUGCCAAAGAUGAAUUAGAUACAUUUUUCUGUAAAAACAAAAGCAGUAUUUUUUUGGAUUUAUGUUUUUUUAUUGGUCAAAUAAAUAAACCUCAAAAAUACUCAAGAGCAGCACACAGUUGUCGUGAAAUAAAACUUGAUCAAAUAAAAUGAGAACUUCGUUACAUGUUCA